GAACAAAUUUGUUUGCACAGCUGUACUCAAUUACGGAAGUCUGUUUGGUUCUUAUUAUCCUCUUAGCAGUCAGCGAAUCGCAUUGGAAAUGUUUUUGAGAAUAUUUUGUUUGUUUUUUUUUUCUUCGACCACAAUCUCUUCCACGGCUGAAUCAACUUGCACCUCGAUCCCCAACCGGUUAAAUCGUAGACAUGAGCAUCACGAUAAUUGUAAUUUAAUGGACUUUCAAGGCGGGAUAAGUAACGCGGCUGAAAUUAUUUCGCCUAAGGUCAAAACUUGUUUAAGAGUUAAAAGAGUUUAGUCAGAACAAAAUAUCAAUCUUUUAUUAUUUUCGUCCGGAACGGAAAAAAGUUCUCACGACCGUAACAAAGACGACAUGCCCCUCUAAUUUUUGUUUGUACUUUGUAAACUAUCCGUGUAGUUGCACUGAAGUAUAAUAGGCCCGUACUAUACUUAUCUGCUGGUCCCGUUGAGAAUAGAAAUAAGAGCUUCCCUACCAUAAACAUGUUGUCCAUAGAAUAGAGCCCGUUAAUGAUGUUAUUGAUACGGUUUCUCCCUUCCCAUCCCUUAUUGCGGUUAGUCACUUCGCUUUCACGAUCGAGUGGACUGUGGGAUUGUCGAACUUUUUGUAUACAAACGCCGGAUUUCCCCCCCUUCAACACGACGGAGGGAAAAAACAAACAGAAAAAAUAUGUGAAGAGAAAUUUCUGGAUUUCAGAAUUGGAAAAUUUAAACAAAAGACAAAUGUAGGACGUUUCUUAAAGGAAGAUUCAAUCUACAGUUCUGGUCUAAUACCAUAUUUAGUUCCAGGUCCAUGAUAAAAUUUACUAAUUCAAUACUUUCUAAUGAAAAUGUUGUAAUUACACCACCACGGGGUCCACAGCAGCGAGCGAAACCGGUUAUUAGACUUCAUUUAAAUAAUCUUCCUGUUGGUACAUCGAAGGAGAAGGUAAAAUGCAAUUGCAGUCGCGAAAAAUUGCCAUGGUUACGUAAUCAUUGAAUUUUAGCUAUCGUAACUCAGUUUUAUAGAGUCGUCGAGCAGCAGCAGUCACGAACGAUUGAUUAUUGAUCAAAUCGCUUCGAAUAAACUGUAGCAAGCAGUAAUAAGCACAGCAUAGAAAAAUCGAUGGGCGUGUAUGGAAUGCAGCCGACGUUUGAAAUUAGCUUUGGUAUACUCACACUGGCAUAGCAGCCGCCAUAGUCAAAGAAAAUGGGGAAAAGAAAAAGAAAAGAGUGAGUGUAUUAAAAGGCACGUUGGCAGCCCGAAGUCGGUCAGUCUCCCGUCGAAUGUUUUUAGCAGUAGCACGUCUUUCGACGAUGGUCUCAUCAUCUUAUCAACAUUCUCUUAUCACCGAGUGACUCUACACAACAAAAAUUUGGCCACAUUUCGAGAGGGGAGGAUUUUCUGCACAGCACCAAUUGAUUUCGUGAUGUUGUUGUUAUUGUUGUUGUAGUCGAGCUAUAAAUCUCGUGCUGAGAGAGAAAAAAUGUUCGUGAGCUGAUCGCACCACCACAGCACACACACAAAGUUUAAGGUUAAUAGUGAAAGUUGUGGUUAUUUUUUCCCCUUGGUGAGUGACGGUCGAGAACGAAAAAACAACAAACUCCCAGACUCCCCAUAUUAUAAAUCAGGUUGAGUUUCCUUUUGAAAAGGGAUGCCAAGACAAUUACGAUCGGACGCUGGGCCGCCGUCAAUACCAUCAACGAGAUCAACAAGAGAAUUGUAGUGAUGAAGUGGAAGGAAAGAGUGGCUCUGGCUUUGGGCGUGAGUGUUGUCCUCCUCACAUCCGUAUUAGUGCUUGAUAUACGCUACGCCUCCAGUGGAGGACGAGCAGAGCAACCCGAUGCCGGAUUUAUUCUUCCAGCGCUCAGGCACGGAACAGCCAGACAAAAAGAGGGGAAAGAGUUUCAACGACAAUUUCUCGACAAACACAAUCCUGCUGCUGUAGUGCCGUCUAAUAAUCUAGAACAUCCAGUUCUUCCUACUGCACAGCAGCAGCAGCCCAAUGCCAACAACAAUGACGAUAUGGAGCUCGGGGUCGUUGCGAGCAACGCGACACUCAACGAUGACGACCCAGCUGCCCAACAAAGCAACAAUGAACAGGGUUCCAAGGCGGAUGUGAUGCGGGACCUUUUAAAGGGCAAAAGGUCUUCGCCAUCGGAUACAAAUAAAACCUACAAGAAUUCCGAUGGCAGUGGUUUGGAUCACCGUAAAAGUCAAUUCAAAGAUCUUAUGAAAUACAUUGUGCCGGCAGAGCUGAGUCGGCCCGUUCAAGGUCACCUGCGUGAGUUGGACGUGACUGUUAUGCGGCUGCGCAACGUUAGUCUUAGUGAGGAUGCCACUUCUUGGGAAAAGUUUCACGUCUCUAUUUCGAAGGAAGAGUUAUACCACGAGGAUGACCCAAUGAUCGACGAACUCCUGCAAGACAUGACUAGUCUAGAAUUUUACAACAUCAGUCAAAAAGAAGGUGGUACGCAGCUGAAACUAGUCAUCGAGUUUGCCCCAGGGGGGAUGGCGAUGUUGAAACCCAUGAGAUUCCCGCGUGAACAGGAAACUUUACCUAAUCACUUUUACUUUACCGAUUACGAACGUCACAACGCCGAGAUAGCCGCCUUCCACCUUGAUCGAAUUAUGGGCUUCCGGCGAGCUCCACCCGUUGUCGGUCGAUUGGUCAACAUGACCACCGAAUUGUAUGCCCUUGCCACUGGCGAGCUAUUGCGAACUUUCUUUAUUUCUCCCGCACAAAAUCUCUGUUUCCAUGGUAAAUGCAGCUAUUACUGUGAUACCGGCCACGCUAUUUGCGGUCAUCCAGACCAAAUGGAAGCAUCACUGGCCGCUUUUUUGCCCGAUAAAGAAUUUGUGCCAAGAAAAACUUGGCGCCACCCAUGGCGAAGAUCCUACCACAAACGUAAAAAAGCCCAAUGGGAAGAAGAUGAUCAAUACUGCGAUCAAGUCCGCCAACUUCCUCCUUACAACGAAGGACGCCGAUUGGUCGAUUUAAUCGAUUUGGCCAUCUUCGAUUUCUUGGCCGGGAACAUGGAUCGUCAUCAUUAUGAAACUCUGAGUUUGUUUGGCAAUCAAACGUUCCCCAUUCACUUGGAUCAAGGUCGUGCGUUCGGUCGACCCAAUCACGACGAAAUGUCAAUUUUGGCUCCACUAUACCAAUGUUGCCUUGUGAGGCGGACGACGCUCGCAACUCUUUUACGUUUUCAUCACGGGCCAUUUCGACUCAGUUCUCUCAUGCGCAAGUCGUUGGCACGCGAUCCACUUGAUCCGAUUUUAGCUGCGGGACAUUUCGAUGCCAUGGACCGCCGCGUCGCCAUUACAUUACGUGUCAUUCGCCAUUGUUUGAGUAGACAUGAAGCCGAUCAAGUUAUUGUCGGUCUCGCAGAUUGGAAAGAUAAGAAUUCAAAAAUGGGAAAUUUAUAAUAAUGACGAAUGUCGUAUUUUUUUUUUUAAUAUCACGUCUUCUUCAAAAACGUUUGACAACAUGUUCAUAUUAUAUAAACUUGUUUAUUGAUUUAAUUGGCGGAAUUUCCACUUGAUAUUAUACUAACAUGAUUGGAUAUUUUGUAGGUUUUUGACGUAAAUUUUUCGUAAAUAUUGUGAAAAAAAAAGAAUACAGCUCAAGUAUUUUAACGAAUAAAAAAAAAGUUUUAAAUAUAAACAA